AUGCCCGAGGACAUUGAGCACCAAAAUGGCCAGCACGAGGCGCACGCGGAACACGGCUUUCGAGACACGAGUGGCCGUGACGGGGCACCGGCGGAGGUGAAGAGGGAGGACGACGGCGAGGGUGACGUCGGACGGGCGCCGAAGCCGCCAUGGCGCAGGGUCGUUGGGUUUAUCCUGGCGCAAUGGCUCAUCAUUGGUUUCGGCGUCGCGUGCUUGUUUGCGUACUUCUGGCCCCACGUCGCGGCCAAGGGCGGGCCCAUCCGCUCCGAGUACAGCAUCAUCUACGGCGCCAUCGCCGUCGUCUUCCUCAUCAGUGGCCUCCAGCUGUCGCCCGUCAAGCUGCGCGAGCACGCGACCAACUGGCGCCUCCACCUGCUCGUGCAGGGCAUUUCGUUUGUCGCCAUCCCCGUCGUGCUGCUGGUCGUGCUGCACGUCUCGGUCGCCGCCGGCGCCCUGCGUGACGGCGUGCUCGACACGAGCGUCUUCGUCGGCAUGCUGGUGACGGCGUGCCUGCCGACGACGAUUGCCUCCAACGUGGUCAUGACGCGCUGCGCCGGCGGCGACGAUGCGGCCCACAUCAUCGAGACGCCGCCCUUUGCGCCCUGGCAGCCCGCGAGCCCGUCGACGCUGGGCCCCAUGUACGCCGGCGUCCUGCGCCAGCUGGGCCUCACGGUCCUGCUGCCGCUGGCCGCCGGCCAGAUCGUCCGCCGCUUCUUCGACGCGCCCGUCUCCCGGGCCCUCCGCGUCCUCCGCCUCGCCAAGCUGUCGGGCGUCUGCCUCGUGCUCCUCAUCUGGACGACCUUCUCCGGCGCCUUCCACACCGGCGCCCUGCAGGACACGCCGCCCGCGAGCAUCAUCUUUACCGUCUUCAUGAACCUCGCCCUGUACGCCCUCUUCACCGUGCUGUGCUUCGUCGCCGCGCGGCCGCCCCUCGCUCUGGCGCGGCCCGUCAACGCCCGCGUCGCCGACGGACGCUUCUGCCCGCGGUUCCUGCGCCGCGCGCUGCGCAUGCGGCGCAUGCCGCGUGAUCAGACGGUCGCCGUUUGCUUCUGCGGCGCCGCCAAGACGACGAGCCUCGGCAUCCCGCUGGUGGCCGCCAUGUGGCGGGACGCCGACGACCUGACCGUGGCACUGGUCCAGGUUCCCCUGCUGCUGUACACGAUUGAACAGGUCUUCGUUGCCCAGGGGCUGGUGUACUUCUUCCGUUGGUACCUGGACAGGCCACCUGCUGAGGGGGAGGCGGACGAUGCGGAGAAGCAGCCAGGGUGA